CGCGCCGGUCGAGGGGCGGGAGGGCGCUGGAGGCGGCGCUGAGGGGAGCGGCGGCGCAGAAGGCCUCGGCCGGCCCUUAGGACGGCGGGAGGGGGUUGUGGAAGCUGACGGGGCCUUCUGGAGGAGAGUGAGGGGGAAGGGGGCCUGCAGGCCGGGGGGGGGCGGCGCGGGGCUCUGCGCGCCGGCUGGUUUUGGGUUAGUGAUUACACACGUCCUCCUGUCACCUCCGUUCCCUGUCAGGGCGGAGUGUCGCGGGUCUUCCUACCAGCAACCCAGUGCUUGCACUUCUGAAAGGCCAGUGUGAGAGGUACCAUAAGUGGCCAGUGAGGUCGGAUCGGGUCCGUCUAGUCUUGUCUCUAGUGGCUAAAGAUGCUUGCCGAAGAGCAGAUAAAGCAUCUGGCAUGCUUAGGUGUCAAAGUUAACAGUCAGGGAUUGGACAGCUUGCAGCAGAGGUUAUUUGCAACCUCUGGGAGGAAAUGACAUUAUUUUAGAGACGUUUACAGUAUUUCAGCACUGGACGGAAGCAUAUUCUUUAUUGAGAGAUGAGCCUACGAAGUCAUUGCAGGUACAAGUAGUCCAAAGUAUAUUUUAGUUCUUAAAUGAUUCAACCAUUGCAUUGUAAGGAGAUCCGGAGCCUACAGAGUCAUACCCAAAAGUCAGGGACUGUGGUUUCAUUUUGCUUCAUCUGAUUUAAUUUUUUAAUGAAAAUAGGGUGUUUUGGAUAGUUUUUUUUCCUCCCAGUUGCGACUCAUGCAAUUAAUAUUUAAUAGUGUAUAUGUAACAGGGAAAGACUAUUAUAGGGACUUGACAAUAGCUUUCUGUAAUCAUGCCUCUUCACUAAUAUCUCUGAGUAAUUGUGUGUCAUCAUAAGCCAUUUGUGUUAGUAAAAAAAAAAAAAAGUAAAAUGUGAUAUCAACAAUGUUAGUCCAGUCAAAUCAAUGCUUUCUAUGACUUUGUGCUGAAUUACAUAUGACACCUUGUAGAAAUACACAUAUUUUUAUAACUCUGAUUUAGGAUAUUCUGAAGGCAUUUGCAACCACUUAAGCUUCACUUGCUUGGUUUAUGAUGGUCCUUAAACCUUACAGGCUUCAGCUGCCUUCUGAGUUUUCAUCUCCAGUUCUUUGUUUCCUUUUCCAUCAAGUUUCUUCUCUCAUUUCGUUUGCAGCGCUGCAUGACUUUGGUUCUGAUUUUAAAGCCUAACUAAAGUAGUCGUGAAAAUAACAUGUAACAAAAUAUUUAUUUGUUUUUUUCUGUAUAGUUUUCCUUUCUGUCUUUUGCCUGAUCAGUCUAUAUAUAAGGCUUUUAGAACUGUUUCCUAUUGUUUAUGCAGGAGUCUGGCACUGUGAGGCGUUACCUUAAUUGGUUUUUAGAUGCUGUCAUGAAUAACUCAAAUAAAUAAUACAAGUAAGUGUUGGAGUUUGUCAUUUCUUGUGUAUGAAUAUGAUUGCUUUUCUUUACUUUUCAGCUUUAAGCUUUUCACUGCUUUCUUACCAUGACUGAAAGUAAAUUUAGUCGUUGUCUGACAUUCUCCCCCUCUUUGAAGUAAAUUUCUUCAAAAUAAGCCCCCUUGCAUUUCAUUUCCUUUAAUGACUUCUAUUCAUGAACUGUUGUCAUGUGUGAGUGAGACGUAUCUUAUAGAUGUUUUUGGAAAGUGUUCUGCAAAUUAAUGGUGUAAUAUAAAUGUAUUAUAGUAGAAUCAGGGAAAGCACAACCAGUAUCAUGUGGUGAAGGUAAAAUCUCACAGUGCAUGUCCUAGAGGAGUUCUAAAUCUCUUCUGCCUUAACAACCUUGCUGUAUCUUAUGAAUUUGUGCAGGAGGGAUCUGUUCAUUUACCAUGUAGGACAAUAAUUCAGGUUGAUCUUGAACACAGAAGUAAAUGUGUUGAGAUAAUUUUACUUUAUUAGGUAUUCAUUUAGGAAGAAAUAAAACUCAAAGAUAGGAACAAUAGCUAUAUAAAAUAUUCAGGGUGAUUUCUGAAGAAAUUUGACAAGGUUUCAGGUCAUAAAUUUCCACCUCAAGUAGAAUUCCAAAUAGAGUCUGUAAACGAAGAAAGAAUUUAUUGUCUGAAGUAUCAGAUUUAUUCUUAACAUCUAAAAUGUGGAAUAUGGGAAAGGAAGGGGGAAGGAUUCUGAGCUCUGUCAGGUGAGGGUUAGGUGAGGAACAUACUAUAACAUUUUGGAGUUGUCAGGUUAGCCAUUGCUGAAUGUGUCUUUAAAAAUACCACACCAGAGUGAAUUGUAGAUCAAUCCCUGCAGGCAACUUCUUAUUCUCUAAUUUUAGGUUUGCUUCUGAAGGAAAUACUGCCAGAUGGUGGAAGAAGUGAGGAGUCUGGGUAGCAUAUCUUGGUCUACCUCUAAUCCUUUGUACCUUUGGGAAGCCAUUUUGUCAAUGCAUACUUCAGUUGCAGUUAAAAUAAAGGUGUAAUUCUCAAUGUUUGACAGUGUUUUAAAAACUUGUGAAGAUUACAAACUAAACCAAAAAUGCCUCACAUACUGAAUUUUAUAGUUCCAUUGUUUUCUAAUAUUCUGCUAAAAAGCAAUAAUAAUUUCAAAUAUUUGGUGUCAUGAUAAGUGCAGGUAUAAUUGAUACAUAGAUGGGAAGAUCCUUAGAAUUUCUUACCAGUUGGAAGACUGAGCUCUUUUCUUCCGUUGGUAAGAAAGGGGAAAUAUAACAUUUAAAUAAAAGCCAACUACAGACAGAUGGCUUCAGGAAUCUACCUGGAAGUCUACCUGGUUGAUUAUGCCAGACUUAAAGAUGGGGAUCCAAAAAGCAUGCAAAAAGAAAAUUCCUGUAAACAGCAUAAGUCCCACUCCUAAGUUCACAGUACAUAAAGGUAACGUAGAAGAGAAACACCUAAUAGUGCUUCUCUUUCUCUUAUUGGAUAAAAAUAACUUCAAAGCUGAUUUGCGGUGACCAUGAAUCAUCAGUGAAGACAUACGGCAUUUUCUGGAAUAUUGAAUGUUCUCAUAAUGAAGAUCUCUCUUCUGCAGCAGAUGUAUAAGGACAUAGUGGUAGGCAUUCCGCUAGCAAAGGAAAGCCAUCAUUAUACCUCUUUACUUAAUCUGUGUGUUGAGCAUUCACCAGGAAGAGAUGAAUCAUGUAAUCGGAUGCAUCUGCCAUCUACUAAUGGUGGUAUUAGGAGCCAUCAGGAUGCUGAUAUGUUGGAUGCGGUUGUCCCUACAACAGAUGAUACAUCAAAUAGCUUUGCAAAUGUGAACUCCUCGUUCUGUCCACGAGAAGUGAUGCUUCUUCAGUUAACCUUGAUCGAGAUGAUGGUUGCUAAAGCAGAGUCCCAGGAAAUUGAAUUCAAUACGAGACAGAAGUACUGUGAGAUCUUUGUCCUUCUUCUGAAGGAGGCAAAAAUUUACUCAAAAUUGAUUUGUCUGCUUGGUAGUUAUGAUCAGCUGUUAUCUCACAUGGCUUCAAAGAGUUUAGCAUCUCUUGUGUAUUUCCAGCUGAAGGAAGAGAAUGCAUUAAAUGUCACCUGGCUCACCUUUAGUUUGAAGACUCUUUCAGGAUUCCCCGUGAAUACCCAGGUAGCAGAAUGUCUGUGGACUCUUACAACUAUUAUCAAGGACAUGCUGAAAGAUGAAGUUUUACCCAAAGCAGGUAUUUUGAAGAAGUUGUUGGCUCCUCUUGAUGCUGUACUUGAAGGAUUUUAUAAUUCCAUUCUGUUCCAUCAUUUUGACAGUCACCACUAUACUUCACCUUAUUCUGAAGCUGCAAACAAUUUGAUCAGUUUUAUAGAUCUGCUUGAAGCACUUUUGGCUUCCAGAAUUGAAUUAGAACUACCACUCAGAUGCCAGAGAGUAUUGUUUUUGAAAGUUUCUUACAUCCUGAAACUCAUUAGCUCAUCAAUUCACUAUUUAAUCAAGAAGAAGUUAAUUAUGCUCCUUAAAAAAUGUGUCCUUUACAAGUCUAGAGAAGAUGCUAAAAGUGGAUCACUGUUCUUACAAAACCCAUCUUUAUAUGAGGAUAUGCUUGCCCUGAGUAAUGCUGUUCUGCAGGUUGUGAAUUUGACUUGGCUUAAUCAGAUCCCACUCAGUGAAAAGGCCAGCUACUUUGGAGGCAGUGAGGCUGUUCCUGGAGAUGAUACUCAAGGUGGUACUGACCAAACUGUUCUCAGAGCCUUAAGUCUGGUUGUGCUUAAAGCACUGGAAUUCAAGUUUCAGAACUCUGCUACAGAAGCUGAAAUCAAAGGAGACUUUCAGAGUUCCAUGUCCCAGCUGUUGAUAUUCUGGAGGAGUCAUUUGAAGGCUUCCCUACAGUUUCACCCAGUUGUACAUCACUGUGAAUGGGUCUCCUUGAUUUUCAUAGAGCAAGAUGAUGAUAUGUGGGAAGCUGCUAAAGCUUUAUUACUCAUCUAUUUAAAAUUUGAUAGGUUACGGCAUGAUGCUGCUGAUAACUUAAGCCAAAAAGAGGAGGAAACCUGGAAGUUCCUUACACAUGCAAGUGCAUAUAAUCCUCACUGUAUCUUUUUAUUUUUUCUAGAAAAAAUCGCAUUUGAUUCCACAGUACUUCUAGAUUUUCUGAUUUCAUCAGAAACUUGCUUUCUGGAGUACUUGGUAAGGUACUUAAAGCUUCUUAGCAAAGACUGGCAUCAGUUUGUAGACGUCUGUAACGGUUUUGAUACCAAGGAUGGCACUUUUCAAUCAAUUUCUUCUGUCAAGCCACCCCAUCAAGAAAAACAAAGCUGUAUGACUGAUGAGAGUUUGCAAAAUGCUUGUUGUGAACCAGAACCACAGACUCUGGUAGCUUUGGCUGCUUCUCACAGCUACUUAGUGUUUACAACAGAGCAAGGUGAUAAUGAAGUUGUUGAGUCUAACCAGUCUAACUCAUUGAUAUGCACUGAUAGUACAUCUCUGGUGGGUUCUCUUCAAAGCCUUGUUAAUUAUGACAGCUCAGAAGACUCUGAAUUAGAAUCAGAUGGAAAAGAGUGCUUGGUAAACACAAAGCAGGUGCCUUUAAAUAAUGAGGGUGAGGUGAGGAUAAGGGAAACUGUUUGCAGCUACACAGAUGAUAAACAGAAUACACUCAAGUGUGAAGUGUUGCCUCUGAAACAAAAGGGAUCUAAUACCUUAUCCUGUUUGACUUGUACAGCGUCUUCGGAUAACAUCAUUCCCCUAAGGACAAUGCUUUACAAAUCAACAAAAUGUUUGGAAGAACUGCAAAAAGCUAUUUCUAGGUUGCAGAGAAGAAAUCUUUUCCCAUAUAAUCCAUCUGCAUUGUUGAAGCUACUGAGCCACCUUGAGAAGAUCAGUAAGAACGUGAAUCCACAAUAAUCCAAAGAAGUGUUCUGGUGAUUUUUUUUGUUAACUAGUCCACUAGGGAAUGUUUCCAUAAGAUUAAUGACUUCUAAAGCUCAUGCCUCUUGCACCUGUGAGCAUAUUUAACUUGAAACAGGAUAAACAUGUUUCUGGUUGACACCUUAAAAAUCUGCAAUUGAAUUCAGUGAUAUGAACCAUUACCUUAGGGUCCUAAGCUUAUUCAUAGUAUGUAUGUCAGUGUAUGGUAUAUAAGGAUUAAUUGUUAGGUAUUCAAAAUUUGAUAAUAAAUUACUAAUGUGAAAGCGUAUCAACAAUAUAUAAUACUUAAAGUAUUGUCAAUUAUACUUAAUGUCAUUCUAUAUACGAAGUCAUUGCCAGAUUGGUAGUGAUUUAUGGACAGCAGUGCAGCGUUAAUGCAACGCUUGACUGCUCAGAGGUUGAGCUAAAUAAAAUAUUUUAGUUGGGGA